AUUAAGAGAACCUCUUAUCCUUUUUAAGUAAAAUAAAAAUUCUCUUAAAUAUCUCGCACAUGACCUCAAAAAUUCCAAACUGUGUUGGUUGGUUCACAUUGUGUUUAAGCUUGUAACAAUACUUGUAAACGAUGAUAUUUAUAUGUUUAUAAUUUCUUAAUAUAAAGAAAAUAUGCAAUUCAGACGACAAAAAAUAGCUGGACGAAAUAUUUAAAAUUCCUGGGAUACAACAAAAUAUGUCAACCUAUAUUAAUGUUAGAGAGAUGAUGGAUGAUGACUGAUGAUGUGCAAGUAAGACAAAAUUAUAUCACACUUUCCUUUUCCAUCUUUAAAUUCCAAAAAAAAGCACUAUUGGGUUGCUCCCUUAUUAGAUGAAAAUCCUCACAGAAUAGUACACAUACCUCUCGCUCUCUUUCCAUCACUAUCUCUAUAUAUCCCUCUAGAUGCAUAUCCCAAUUAUAAAUAUCUUGCUUUGAACGCUGCAUGCUCUCAAACUUUGUUGCACCUCCAAAAGACAAAGUGUAUAGAAGAGAACCUUCUUGUCACGCCUCUCUUACUCUUGUCUUGUGGUCCAAUAAACCCUAAUUUUCUUUUCGUCAGUUUCUCCACUAUAUUAGAUCCUACAACUUUCAUACUUUUUACUUAUCUCUCAUAUCCUCUUAUAUACAUGAAGAUUCACAAGAACGAAUAAGAAAAUAAAAGAAAUGGAAUGGUCAACGACAAACAACUUAGAAAACAUGAGAGUUGCUUUUAUGCCGCCGACAUGGCCGGAGUCGAGCUCCUUUAACUCACUACAUAGCUUCAACUAUGAUCCUUAUGCAGCAGGAAAUUCAUACACGCCUGCCGAUACGCAAACCGGACCGGUUAUCUCUGUACCUGAACCAGACAAGAUCAUUAAUGCGUACCGAUUACCAAGCAACAACAACGAGAUAACAAAAAAGAAGAGACUAACGAGUGGACAAUUAGCUUCACUUGAACGGAGUUUUCAAGAUGAGAUCAAACUUGAUUCAGCCAGGAAGCUAAAGCUGUCAAGAGAGCUUGGUUUGCAGCCACGUCAGAUAGCGGUUUGGUUCCAGAACCGCCGUGCACGCUGGAAGGCAAAACAGCUCGAGCAGCUGUACGAUUCGCUUAGGCAAGAGUACGACGUGGUCUCUAGAGAGAAGCAGAUGCUACAUGAGGAGGUGAAGAAGCUUAGAGCUAUACUAAGAGACCAUGGGCUAAUCAAGAAGCAGAUCUCCAAUGUGACCAGUGGGGAAGACACGACUGAGAUUCCAUCUGUGGUGACCACCAAAGUGUACGGUACUGAUCAAUACAACAAUCAGAUGGUUGUCGCUUCCUCUUGCUGGCCGUCUUACCCGUGAUAGCUGCUGCUGAUCUUAGAGACAGAGAGCUUUAGACUAGUCAUGGUACUUUCAAGUGGUGUUGCUAAGAGACAAGCUUUUGCUCAUUGUACGAUCUUAAAACAUAAAUGUAACGUUCUUGUGUCUCACGCUGAUCAAUAUAUUCAU